AUGGGUGUUAAGGGACUCUGGCAAAUUCUUGAACCCUCCCGCCGUAGGGUUGAUUUAGAAUACUUUCGGGGCAAGCGGAUGGCUAUUGACAUGAAUAUUUGGCUACAUCAGGCGCUCAAGGCAAACGUCAAGGGCGGUCGCAAUUCGCAUUUGGCCAUUCUCUUUCGACGGAUUUGCAAACUUCUCUUUUUUGGAAUCCGUCCUAUCUUUGUCUUUGAUGGUGCUGUUCCCGCACUUAAGAAGGCCACUAUGGCAGCCCGUCGAAUCAGUCGCAGUACAGCCAAGGCGAAAAGUUGUCAAGCUAGAGACCGUCUGUUGAAACGUCUCUUUCGUCGUCUGGCUGAAAGCGCAGCUAAGUCACAGACGCCAAGCGAGGAGCUGAUAGCUGAAUUUGUGCGGCGUUUCAACAGCACGGAGGAGAUUCGCAAGGCUGAAUUGGAUGUGGAAAUGUUCGGAUCUCAGAGCAGCUCAAUUGAGGCAGCGCCACCCACAGCUGUUUUGCAACUAGAAGAAGAACAGGAAUCGGCUUCACAACUAGCCUGGGAUUUUGUUGAUAACAGCCCCUCCAUAGACUUACAAUCAGACGCAUUUAGUGCGCUGCCAAUUCACGCUCAAUUGCGGGCGCGGGCAGGAGAAUCCUUUUCACAGACGCAGGUGAAUCGGCUCAUUGCAAGACGCGAUUUAGCGCUUAAGAAGGUGGAAAUUGAAAGCAAAAUGAACGAAGUGCUAGUUGCUUCGGUUACACCACGAAAUCUACCCUCUGGAUUGGAUAUGAGCGUCACUGCGCAGCGAAUUGCCUCGCAGGAUGAGGGUCAUGCAAUUUUGAUGCGGAAGCGAUCUUCUAAAGAGCGAGCUGAUGAGUUGAAAGAGCGUUUAGAUCGACUUCUUAAAGGUUCAGUCACUGAACCUGUCUGUGAUGAUGAGGAGGACUCGAAAAAGGCGUUGGAAUUGGAGAAUAGUCCACGAGACGAAUAUCAAAUAGCCGAAGAUCAUAAGGUAGAAAUGGUGGAAAAGAUUAUGAAGACUCUUGAAGAACACUCGUCAUCGGAAUCGGAAGUGUGUCAGGCUGCUCAUGACAAUGCCCAGUUAGAAGGGGGCGACGAAUCCACAGAUGGACCUUCGGACCAAUCAAAUGAAAGCACUGUUGACAUAGAAGCUGAUGAUGUUAAAAACGAAGGGGAGUUAAAACUUAAAAAAGAAUCAGACUCUGAGGUGUCUUCGACAGAUUUGGCUGAAUUCACCGAGGUCCUUGAUGAUACUACUACUUCAAAGGCUAGUAGUGACCUCAAACACCUUGCUAGCCAAUCAGAAGGGAACGAAGAUUUUGACCACAAAGGAAGAAUUACAAGCGAGCAGAGCAAUAUUGAAGUAGAGACGGCUGUGAUAGAAAUAACUUCAGAGGCACCUUCAUCUGAUUCGGGAGAAUUUGCCGAUGUUUCAGAGCCUCCAACUCCUAUACAGCCGGUUGAAACGUUGCCAAAAACGCAGACUUUUUUGGAGCACGAAGAGGAGGACGAUUUGGCAAUUGAUGACGAUAUACUACGAGCGGAAGCCGAGAAAUUAGAAUGCCAGGCACAAGAAGCCACUACCAGUUGCGUUGCCGAGGCUCAGAGAUUAGUUCAACUUUUCGGUUUCCCUCUCAUCAACAGUCCAGAGGAGGCCGAAGCGCAAUGCUGUUAUCUUCAACAACUCGGAUUAGUGGACAUCGUCGCCAGUGACGACUCCGACGUUUGGGUGUUUGGAGCAACCCUUGUCUGCCGACACCUCUUUGGGAGGAAUAAAGGGAAAUCAGGAUCGGGGUCGUCUUCUUUGUAUUGCUUGAAAGACAUCCGUGAACAACUGGGUUUGGACAGGCGGCAGUUCGUGCGGAUAGCCCUUCUCUGCGGCAGCGACUACACCGAUGGGCUUGACAAUAUCGGACCCAUCAAAGCAUUGGAAAUACUUUCUACCUUCGCUACGACCUCGGACCCUACUUUUACAUCCGAGGAGCACGAGAUUCUGCUGCCUUUAACGGAGUUUCGGCGGAGGUGUCAAGAACGUGGUGGUGGUGGUCGAUGGACCAGUACUAAAUUUCCUGCGGACUUUCCUAGCGAGGCGGUGGUAAAGGGCUACCUAUCUCCACGAGUUGAAAAUGCAUCCGAGUAUGCGGGAUUCCAUUGGGACACGCCAAAUCUGCUACCUCUGGUAAAAUAUCCUUUUCAAGCUCGACAGAAGAGUGAGGGCACCCUCGCCCCAGUGAUUGGUCGAUUCAAGGCCACGUAUGAGGGUGCCGUCGCCAGCACUAUUCCUCUCAUUACGGACUUUUUCCCGCGAAUUGAAACAAAAAAGAAGGCGUCUUCGAGACUCACUCAAGCAACAAAUCGGUUAAAGUAUGCCACUGAGUUCCAGGACCUUCCCACUCUCGACACCGACUGGUCGACAGAUGCUGACAAUGACGAUGAAGGAGCAAAGCCCUCAACAGACACGUCCCGGAGACGAAAGUCCAACGAAGACCUGCCAAAAGGCUGGAAGAACGGUAGUGGAGCUCUAGCUUCACCGUCACGGGGACUGAAGACGGGUUGUCGGUGUCGUCCUCGACACUGUGUGGUCACUCACCUGCUUCAACUGUCAACAGGGUCCAAUGUGCCUCUUGGACCGUUGACGAAGGAGUUCUAUUCCCUCAAGACUACCCUCGCUCCCUUAUUGGUCGUCACACCGACGCGGUUCCGUGUCUCCACGAUGCUGGUCAUCCACAUAAGAUGCCUUUCUUAUAAGGCGUGUUGGCGAGAUUUUCGCUCCCUUGGAAUGGGCUCGCUCACCGCUGCCAACAAUGUGGCCUCCUGA